AUGAGUUUGGGUGCAGUUUUAAUUGUUCCGAUUUUGAAUUGAACAAAAAUUACAGAAUCAAUGCUGUUGAAAGCAAUGCUGUUGAAAGCAAUGCUGUUGAAAGCAAUGCUGUUAAAAGCAAUGCUGUUGAAAACAAUGCUGUUGAAAGCAGUGCUGCUGAAAACAAUGCUGUUGAAAACAAUGCUGUUGAAAACAAUGAAAUUGUAUUUUUUAGGCAAGGCACAAAAAAACUCAGUUAGAGUAAAUUUGACCGAUUUUUCAAAGUCUGAGCAGCAGAUAGACUUCUUCAAAACAAUGUUAAAUAUUCUUCUAAUAUUUCUAUGUGUCUUCUUCCUGAUAAAUCUAUAUUUUGUUAUGGCAAUUAUCCUGUAUCUGGAGCAGCAUUUAUAUUGUAUCCAAAUAGCACUAUUAAACAACUUUCAGAUGGAGAUCCGUCAGCAGGUAUGGGUUCUGUGCAUCAUGAUGGCUUUAUUUUACUUAUUUGGAGGAUGAGAUGCUUAUGGUAAUGAAUUGAAUAAAGCAGCAAAAUAUGAGCUAUCAACUGAUAAGUGAUAUAAAAUUUGUCCUCUGAAUGAAGUUCUAAGCCGCGUUUCAUGUAUUGCAGGCAAUUAUGGAAUCGCAUUUGUUGGGUAUGAAAGUAGCAAACUAUAUUUAUAUCAUCAUAAGCAAGAUAUUUAUAAUGAAAUUUAUCUCAAAUUUGCAGCAAAUACUAACAAAGUCUUGCUCCAGGCAGAAAAUCGAGUGCUUUUAAUCGAAUCAGGAAAAAACAUAUAUGAAAGUGAAUCAAAUCAACUAACGAAUUGGAAAAUUAUAGGAGCAGCGCAGAUUAGCUUUGGUCGCGGAGUAGCAUAUAAAGUUUAUUUCAAUCAAAGUUGCUAUUUCAUGGACAAUAAUGAUAAACUAUAUAAAUUUGAUAUGAAGAGCUUACAAUUAACGAUGAAUCAGCUAUAA